AUGCAGCGGACCCACGAGCCUUUCCUUAAACACCUAAGUAAAAACAAAACACCAUACGUCAUCGUCAGCGCCGAGGAUGCAGAAUUCGACGACAUCACGCUCCAAGACCUUCGAGCUGAAGGCUUCGAAACUCACUAUGUAGCCAUGAACGACGACCCUCCUACACGGUUCGCCGAAAGACUUCACAGGAUAGGCAACCAACUCGCGGGCGUGAACGAGCGAUUCGCCGUUGUAGCCUACGGCGACGCAGCCUCCGCCCUCCUCACCCAUCACCCAGCCGCCACCUCCCGCUUCAGCGCCCUAAUAGCCUACUACCCCUCCACCAUCCCCGACCCCACCCGAACAAGCUAUGGUAUGGACAUCUCCAUCCUCGUGCACUUAACUGGCACCAAUGUCAACAUCACCCGCAACCAAGAGGUCCUCGGUAUCCAAGGGAAGCGAAAGACAGUCCGCAAGCGCAUCGACCCCGGCUUGGGAGUCGGCGGAGAGCUGAAGCUCGCGUAUCCGAGCUACAGCUAUAAAGGCGUUGAAUCGGGUUUUGCGGAGCAUGAUUUGGAGGAGUACGAUAGCGUGGCGGCUGAGGUGGCGUGGGGGCGGACGCUGGGGGUGCUGAGGGAGGUUUUUGGCGUGAAAGUUGAUGUGGAGAGGAUUAAGGAUCAAUUUGUCGAAGGUAUGUACUGUUGCGGUGACUUGUGGAGUUGGAGUGGCCAAGAGCUCAUGGUGAAUGAGGUAGAUGUCGAGAAGAAUCCGCAAAAAGCUCUCGCAAGCCUGCACCCAGAAGCCAAGGUUGUAUUCGCACCCACCCUAGCAGGUGGCAGAACUUCCUCCCAGCUCACUCAAUUCUACGAAAAUCACUUCGCCCCCAGCCCAGCUUCACUCAACGCCCGUCUGAUUUCCAGGACAAUUGGCACGGAUCGCGUCGUUGAUGAGAUGAGCCUGUCCUUCGUACACGAUAUGGAGAUUCCGUGGCUACUACCACUUGUCUCGCCGACACACAAGAAGGUGGAGAUGACGGUGGUGAGUAUUGUGAAAAUCAGGGGUGGGAAGCUUGAGACGGAGCAUGUAUAUUGGGAUCAAGCGUCGGUAUUAGUGCAGGUGGGCUUACUGGAACAUGGGAAACUUCCUGUCGUGGGGGCGGAUGGGGCACAGGCUGUGCUGGGAAGAGAUGUUGAACUUAAUGGAUUAUUGGGAGGAGAGGGAUGA